CAGCUUUGCUUCAAUCUUUUUGUUUACAUCUUCAGUACUCAGGUCUGAGAUGCAUUUAAAUUCGACGCCAUCUGGGAUGACUUCGUCGAACUUUGCAGAGGGAUAUUUCUUGCAGGCUUCAUCGAGUUCUGCGCCAACAGGGUUAGUGCGAGAGACGUGUGUGUACUUUUUCUUCUGUUUUCUGCCCGUAUAUAAUAGUCUGAAAUCCGUUCAGUACACUGUUAGGAGUACGAGUACGAGCGUUUUCUCUGUGUGUAGCAGUCCCAGAUCCGCUGCCAGCUUCCGUACUACUGGGAAAUUGCGUAUGAGCCAUAGUCUGCGAAUGUAUUCGUGCUCACGUACGAGUAAUCUGUGGUCACGAGAGGUAGAUCCGGUGACUGUAAAUUGUCCAAUCAGAAUCUUUCGGCCUGAUACGCUUCUGCUGAAAAACGACGCGAAUCGAAGUAAUCUGCUGCCCGUAAACACGAGUUCUUGCGCCAGUCGAUCAAUGAACGGCCUGAAAUUCGCCGCGUAGUCCGCAAAGGCGCUCGCGUGAUGAUAUUCUAGCGAGUAGAGCCGCUGAAUGUAUGUCCGUGCUUCAGAAAGACGGCAACAGUCGUGCUCAGUCGCGAUGCGCAAAAACGUUACUGUCUGCGCGCUGCACCACAAGGAAAAUACCGACUACGAGCCGAUACCACCUUAAAGUGGGCUACGUACUGUUUGGUUUGUAGUACUUUUCCCCGACUACUGUUCCUGAUGGACAGUGGUCUAUCGAGGAUACGUCGAUGAGUUCCUUGUGCGUGUUGUCU